AUGGAGGUUGAAACACAGAUAAUAGUAGUGGCGAGCGUUCUCUCCGCGGCAUGGCUGGUGCUCCUCAUCGUGGUAAUAGUCUUGUUCACCCAGCUCAACAGCCUCAAGAAGAAACUGGCUGAUAUGCAAAACUCCUCACGGAUAAAAGUGCAGAAGCUGAAAAUGAACAAUGACAAGAACCACUCCUUCCACAAUCCAGCGUUGUCUCCAGAUGAGGAACUGUCCCGGCGUGGAUACUCCAUGUACAUGGGACAAGAUACUCAAUCCGAUGUGGAGAAUGGACGUAUUGAAAGACAUCCAGAGAGACAUCAGGAACGUCAGACGGGUGGGCAGUUCGUAGAAGAACUGAUGCAUGAGCUGGACAACCGGCAGUCGCGGCAGCAAUCCACCGCCCCUCCCUUCCUGCUGCACAGCAUCCAGGAGAGCAAGAAGAACAGGAACCAUAUUGCCAAUGGUUCAGCCAGGCAGAGUGAAACCAACCCUAACUUUAUAUAUUGA